CGUUUAUAUUAAGCUGUAAAUAAAAUGAUAACUUUAAGGUGUGGGAAGCAAUUGCAGCGCAAAUUUAGCGUUAUUCCGUAAUUCCUUUCCAACGGUAUCCGAUGCUGCAAAAGCUGAAAGUUGUGCUGGAACGCCAGCGUCUAACAGCUUUUGUUUCAGUUCAGGAAACAUGUUGUUCUGCAGAAGAAGGAUGCUGACAAAAAUGUCUUCGGCAAAUACCACAGGAAGGUCUUUCGCGAGGGUGAAUGUAUCAAUAAUAACCUGGCAGAUAUCAAAUUUUAAUAAAUAGGAGCAGUAAUUCCAAGACGCGUCGUCUGACUUGGACCGAAUGAGAAGUUGUUUUGCGAUGGCGAGGUACAACCGCUUGACUUCCAAAGAAACAUUAUUGUCUUGACUUGUGUCCCAAGUAUGAAGAAUCUCCAAGACCUGAUUCUCGUUCACGAGGAUCAUGACAAGCUCUGUUCAUUUGGGCGUUAGCAACGUCAAUCAUACAUUUGCAGGCAUUCUUUAACACAUACCAUUGAUGCACAACCGUAGACAGGAUAUUGCCAGAUAGUGAAUCUGUGUGUGAGAAGCUGUCGAAGCCUUUUUUAAAAGAUCAAUGAGGAAAGGGGCUACGUGUUUACGAUUCGGUUCUAAAGCCUUGUUAAUAAUCAUUGGGCGUAAACACGUGCGCAAUAGUUACUCACCAGAAAUGCAGAAAUGUCUAAAUGAAGCCAAACACCCGUGCAGAAUCUCCAUAUCGCCAGCGUUAGAUCUCGUGACCUCCAUUAUCUUAGGUACGAAGUUUCGUUGUACAAAGACCUGAGCGGACCGUUCUGUUUUAUUAAUAAGCUGUGCCAAUACAAGAUAUACAACAUGAUCUUACCGCUCCGAGACAGGUUGCCGAUAAGCAGCAAUACAGAGGCCGUCAAUGUAGUGUCCUUGUUCAUAAAGCCCCAGCAAAAAUUCACAACAGAUUUGGGUUCAUAGUUUACCAAUGAUAAACACUCAUCGUUCUCGCCAAGAAGAGGGAGCAGCAGCAAAGCACGUUGCCGCGCCUGUGCGUCGGUUACUAAAAGCAUCGCUUGGACACAUUUCACAAGCGUCAAAAUAUCUGACAGGAUAUUGCUGGCCAAAACCGCAUUGCUGAACAUUUUUUGGAACACAGCAGGCCACGCGGCAUCUUCGACAGUGAUCAUUUCGGGUAAUAAUUUAGCGGCAAGAUAAACUGAUUCAGGGUCCUCGGUAAAAGGAGCCAGUAUCUCGAACAAGUUAAAGAAUAUAAAAUUAUACUGUGAUGCAUCGGAAUUUGGCUUUUGGGAUUCUGCACACCAAUAUUGCAGGAUGGAGUUCAACAAGCCGGUCGAUGCUGCUGCGGGAUGUAGUUUUUCUGUAUCAAUAAGUACAUUAUGUACAGCGAUACAGCAAAGUGUCUUCGCCGAAUCGUGACCCUUGAAAAUGCGGUGUAGUAUUGAAAAGCCAUUUAACUUUGCAAAAAGCUCGCGAUUGCUGGGUUCGUUACUGCAUACGUUCGCGAGAAAUCGUACAAUUUGUUGAAUCAUGUCUUCCGUCAUGAAAGGAGCGCUUUGAAGAAAGAUCAAUGCAUCUUCUAGUUCACGUUGAAACAAAAGUCGUUUACCCUCUUCACGAGAUUCGUCCGCCAACCGUUCCCACUUUUUUAAGGCUGCUCGAAAGGGCACAAUUGUGACAUUUCCCUCACCGAAAUCCAUUUUCAAUGACAAUUCAAACAAAUAUCGCAAAUUCCGCAGUAAACCAACUCAACGACUCUAUAAAUAGGAAACUCCGUUUAUGCCAAAGCAAGUCCAAAAAAGACCUCAGCAGCAAUCUAUAAGUAGCAAAAACUUAACGAAAAAAAUUAACUAGAAAGUUCCAAAAUCUGCAGCCAAAUUAAUGUCUCAGAACAAACUCGUCCUAUUAGGCUGCAAACAGAAGCGAAAUCGACUGUUUUAACGUACGAGCGACAAUUGAGAACCAGAAUUCUAGACACAGGACAAUUGUGAACGUGUAGAAUUUAACGCGUGGCAUUUAACGUCGUUUAAUGGGUCCUAACGAGGUGGGGUCACCCCACCCCCAAGGUAAACUCACCACCAUAAUCGUCGUCGAAGAGGCAAAUCGAGAUGAUAAUGACUUAGCAGGGCUGCCAGCUGUCAGCCUAAAUCCUUCCAAUGUCUUCAGAAACAAAACGUGGACGGCCUCCUACUAGGCGACAACACCUCUUCACGAAAGAUUUAAAGUCAUUAAUGUUUGCGUUUGGUGACGACAUAAACCCCGCGCCCGACAGUGUGAACGUCCUUGAGGAAAUCGUUGUGGACUACAUCAAUGAAAUGUGCCUUGAAGCCGCCCGGAUUGCCGGUAAUCGGAACAAAGUGAAAGUUGACGAUUUCAAAUUUGCUCUGAGAAACGACAGCAAAAAGCUCGGCCGUGUGGAAGAGCUCCUUGUUUUACAGAAGGUUAUUGCAGACGCACGCCGUAUCGUCGACUGCAACGCAGAUACUUAACGUUACUGUGUCAAAGAAUUACCUUAUUUUCUUUCAUAGGCGACCGGAUUGCACACCAUCGUAAGUCGAGCAAAGACAAACAUACAGCAAACGCAUAGAUAUACAAAUACAGACUCACUCAUGAACAAUAAUCAUAUCUUCUUUCUUCAA